AUGAGACGUUUGAUUCUGCUAGUGGGCUUCCUGAUAACAGGUGUGCUGUCGCAAGGAUUCCUGAAGCCGCCUCCCUUCAGACCGUCGCAGUCCAAACUGCAAAGGCGGCAACUAACGCAGCAUCAACAAGCACACAUCCUUAGCGAUAUUCAGCAGCACCAGCAUCGAUUUAACCUGCACCAGCAUCAGAGGCCUCAGAACGUCGUCAUACAACCGUCUAUUCAACUGCCGCUGCCUCCACAGCAGUCAAACCAACGGCCGUUUUCAAGCACCAACAACAUUCCCUUCCAGGCAAACCCACCCCCGUUCAACGGCAAACAGCUUCCUCCGCCGCUGUCACCAAACAAUUUCAGACCACCACAAUCCAGCAGACAACAACACAAUGGCUUCGGAGCACAAGUAAACCGAAUAUACUUCCAACAUCACACACAAACCUCAUUCAUACCAAAUUUUUUACGACUCUUGCAGCAAGAAACACGACACCCGUCACCUCCAUCACCACAACAGCUACGACCCGCUCCGAACACGCUUCAACCACCACAACAGCAAUUUUUCAACGGGCCCCCGCUUAGUAAUCAACCCUUCGGCGGCAAUGUCUUUCCGACAGAGGGCCAUCUCAAUGCGCCACGAUUGCCCGACACUCGUCCUGUAACACAUUCCGCUCAAAAUCCCUUCCUACAAGCUCCAACCUUCCCAGUUCCACAACAACAACCACAACAGCCACAACAACAUCCCGUUACACAAAUUCGCUUCCCUUCGAAUGUGCAAGUCCCUCAAGCGCAAGCGCUCUUCCAAAAUCCUCCACAACACCAAUUCCCACCGAACCAAGUGUCGUCUCCCUUCAACCAAAACAUCCAACAACAGCCGUUCGAUAGCAAUCAUCUUCGCUCCGAAGUCGUCCCCUUAGCUCAACAGCCACUACAGACUUCCAAUUUCAAUCCAUUCGCCGCCCAACAUCAACCACAGUUCAACAAUUUCCCGCCCAUUCACGUGCCAGUAUUCGCACCCACGCAAACCCUCAACUCACAACCCGGAGUAUUUCCUCAAAUUGCUCCAGCAGCAAUUCAGCUGAAUCAGCCUCAACAAUCCUUCCCUGUACAAAAUCCACAGCAGCAACAACUAACCUUCCAGCAACAGCAGGAACUGGAAAACCGCCUCAAGGAGGAGAGCAUCCGAAUCCGCGAACUGCAAGAAAGGCAGAAAGUUAUUCAAAAGCACGAACAAUUCCUGCAGAAACAGUACCAGAAACAGCAAGCAAAGGUUCAGCAACUCCACCAAGAUUUCCUCAAAAAGCAGCAAAAAAUUGUGCAGCAACAGCAAGAUUACGAAACCAUCAGGAAAACUCCCGUCGUUGGAAGUCAAAUCCGCGAAAUGAUUCCUUCUGAUCGACCAGUACAGGAGAAAGCAACAAAAGCCAGUCAAAGUCCUAAUCCUACCACAGCCGCUUCCAACCUAUCGCCUUCGACAACCGAACGAAGCUUGUCGGUUAUUCCUCUGAAAACGAACAGCAAGAAAGACUACAGCACCAUUUCUAAAACCGAUCUGGAUGCCCUACUGCAAUCGAACCGUCAAAAUCUGUUCCAAACUGAAUCGGCAAAACCCACCAAACCGAAACCAACGAAAGUCAAAUCGACGAAGGCGCUCGGCCGCGACGAGCUGCUCAAACAACUGAAAGCGGCUCUCGCCGAGCAGGGCCAUCAGGAUCUUGGCGGUAAAAACUUCAGCACCACCGACAUCGUAUUACCGAACGGCGAAAAAGUGCAAAUUAUCCGUACCACCGAUCCGGAAAUCAUCAAGCGUGCCAACGUCAACUCGGAGGCUGUACUAACGCAACAAGUUGACUCGCCCACGACGGCCAAACCGUUGUCCAUUUCGGAUAUUGCAAAAAGCGGAAUUCUUCCGCCCGGCGCUGACUUUGAGCUUAUCAAGCAAAACGAUGACGGUCGCAUCGAGGAAGUUGCCAAAAUUCCACCCCAAAAGAAGGUUACCUUUGUUUACCUGGAAGAACAGGACGAUGGUUCGUACAAGGUGCAAGGUGUCAAGGGUAGCAGCGAUAAGGAAACUAAAACUUCCGGAGCCGACGUGGACAGUAUUUUGAAACGAAUCAAGAACGGCGAAAUUCAGCUGCCACCACCAUCGAACAAAGCACUAAAAGUUCCAAUUAUUGUUGAAGGACCAGCUGCGAAUACAACGCCCCGAAUAGUGCCCGUUCAAAAGGCUAGCUCGGUGACGAUCAUUCCACACAGUACGCCUUUGGAAAAUCAUCAAUCAACCAACUUCAUGGCAGAUCACACCAUUCCACGAACCGCUUCGUCACCUGCCUCAACUAGCUACGCCUCAACGGCAGCUCCAUCGAGUCCCAGCUCCGUCACCGCCUUUUCACCAAGUACCUACUCUGGAAGUACAAUACACCAGUCUUCCCUGCCAGCCAUUUCAACUCAAUCUACCAUCCCCAACUACUACCAGAAUGACAACACCAUUUUCAAUACUGGAGCCAGCGCAACAUACGCUUCCAGCACUACAGCGCCCCCAACCGUAGCGCCCAUCCCGGUCUCCACAACGCCCCAGUACAUUUCUACACGAUCCGAGAACUACAUUUCAGCAUCAACUCUGGCACAACAAACGGCCAGCUCUAACGUGUACCAGCAGCAAUCGACCGGUAAGUUCGAUGUAGUGAACCCGACUGCUUCCACCGCGGAAUCAACCGUGACAAUGCAGAAUGUCUAUCAGCAACAACAGCAACUGUCACAGCAGCCACAACAACAACAACUUUUGGCGCAAUCACUUCCUCUUGUGCAACAACCGCCACAGCUGCAGCAGUCGCAAUCGCCCCCUCUGCAGCAACAACAACAGCAACAGUCGCAGCAGCAGCAGCAACAACAGCUGCCAGCUCAAGCACCGACCUCUUCAACGAACGAACUGCCAGUGAUUCUUCGGAAAAACGGACUAUUUGCGAUGGCCAAAUACCUCCGACAGUCUGGCUUGGAUACGAUACUAAACGAAACGGGACCGUACACGAUCUUCGUACCGACGGACAAAGCUUUCCGCAGUCUCCUGGUGCAGCUGGGUGGACCGGAGAAAGCCGAAGAGAAGUUCAAGAACAAUCCGCGACUGCUCAGUGGGCUUCUGCUACAUCACGUUAUUCCAGGAUCGUUCGAGAUCACAUCACUACAGGAUGAAAUGACCGGUGUUUCGCUGGCCGGAACACAGCUUCGAGUUAAUCAGUACAAUAUGCACGAUUCCGAGUGGAACGAUGUCAAGGUAACAACGAUCAACGGUGCCAUGGUCGUACCGGAUAAGCAAGACAUCACGAUCCCUCAAGGCAUUGCGCAUGCCGUAGAUCGAGUAAUGUUCCCUCUACCGGUCGGUGAUAUCCUUCAGACGUUGCAGUCCGAUCGGGAGCGACGGUUCACCCACUUCCUGCGGGCAUUAUAUGCAUCGGGUAUGUCUGAUACACUACAGAACAAAGGUAUCAAAACGUACACAGUAUUCGCCCCAACCGAUGCGGCCUUCGCCAACUACUCGACGGAUGAACUGAACAAACUAGUCACGGACAAAGAACAGGCGGAGGAGCUUGUUAAGAAACACGUCAUACCGGGAACAUUAUUCACCGCUGGAAUGCGCUUCUACCAAGUCAAAGAUGCCAUGGCCGAAGGCAAAACGGUCACACUACAGAAGAGUGCAGGUAAAAUAAAAAUCAACGACGGUUACCUGCAGACGUCGAACAUUCCCACGACGAACGGUGUGAUACAUGCCGUGGACUCUCUGCUGUAG